AUGCAUCUUGUCCGUUUCUUCGUUUGCCAACCCCGACAAAGCUUCUGCGAGCCGGACUACGCGGUGACCAGAUCCAUCGCCGAGUUGAUCAACAGUUUGACCAAUGUCGUCUACAUAAUCUACGGCAUCUACGGAUUGCGCAAGCUGCGACAGAAAAUGGCGGUCGGGCUCUGCUCGUUUGCAUUCCAUGUCAGCCUCAAGUACCACACCCAAAUGAGUAUGUCCCGCGUCUUUGCCACAUCAGAUAGCGUGGCCUAA